UUUGUUUCCCUUUUUCUAGGUGAUCACGAUGGCCCUACAGAAUUUUAGAACACGUCUGCUAUUCUCCCUUCUGGCUGCUUUCUUCAUCUCUGCCUUAGCUGAGGAGUCUGUAGGAGAGAGUCAACAUGCAAAUAUUCGGCUUGAUAAGAACCUGGUACAAGAUAAAGACCACAUCAUGGAACAUUUGGAAGGUGUUAUCGACAAACCAGAGUCUGAGAUGUCUCCACAAGAGCUGCAGCUUCAUUACUUCAAAAUGCAUGAUUACGAUGGCAAUAAUUUACUAGAUGGGUUAGAGCUUGCUGCUGCUAUAUCACAUGUCCACAAAGAGGAAGGUGGUGAGCAUACCCAGGCAAUGAAAGAAGAAGAAUUGAUUAGUCUGAUAGAUGAUGUGUUAAGAGAUGAUGAUAAGAACAAUGAUGGAUACAUUGACUAUGCCGAAUUUGCAAAAUCUCUGGAAUAAGGUUUUGCGAGGAGUUUGUUUCUCCUUCUAGCUAUGUGGACAUGUGACCCAGUAUAAUGUGAUUCAUUACUGUCUCGUAUAUCAACCUUGUGCUGCAAUGCUCAUGAGGAGGAGGGGUGUAUCAGCUCCAGCUGAAUCUUUUUGGAAAUUGUAUGUGUUAGGAGACUGGCUAACUCAGAGUGAGAGCCGUAUUUGACUAAAUGUAGCUACACGUUUGAAUCUUGAAGCAUGGAAACAUCAACAGUACUCACACAGGCUACAGCUGGCAAACUCUUUAAGUAGCUGUGUCUGAAUACUUAAUAGAUCAUAUAUAAUCUAAAUUUCAGUUUUCUGUCAUUGAGUUAUAUAAUAUUCACUUAUCUUUUAUUUAAAUGUGUGAAAUAUCUAGAAAGCAAGAGAACAUGGCUACACAUAGUUGUAUUGUGACAAGACAUUUCCAUACUGUCAUGCUCAUUUUUGGAGGAAAUUUGCAUAUAAGUACAAGUGCUUGAAACAGCGCUUGUAGAGAAAAAGUAUUUGUUGAAUGUGGUUUACACUUGAGCUCUACAUGAUGCUGUAUGGACUUCAACACCAUCUUUGAAGAAAUUGAGUGUUUUUUUUUUUUUUUAAAUUGAUGUACUUCCUAGCAUACCCUUACAUUUUAUAUAUAAAUGUGUACAUGUUUCUCAAUUUUUUCUCCUCCUUCACAGAUUUGCUUUUUAUAGUGUAGUAUUUUACUAGAUUUUUCUCUACUUUGAAUGAUCUUUUUAAAAGAAAAUUAAAAUAUUUUUAUUACAUUUAUAUGUUUUUAAAUGCUGUAUAGCAUUUACUAGAGUAGCCUAUGCUAUCUUGUUUUGAAGGUCACGUUAACAAUAAACUAGUUUAGUAUAAAAGCUUUUGUUCAAAUUGAUUCUUACAGUAUUAGCCAACAGGAUAAUCUAAGUGAGAAAGUAAUGCUGCCUUGUUGAGGUUUACAUUCCUAUUCCUUGACACUUAAAUUACGGUAUUACUUUUAGAAAAAUACAAAGGCAUUUUAUAACUAACAGUUUCAAGAUACUUGAAUGUCUGCAAAUGAACAUGGUCUUAGGAAUGUUUUUGCUGUCUUGACUCAAUACUUGUUAAGUCAAGUAGUUCAAGGAUAUUAAAGAAGUGAUAUAUUGUU